UGUACCAUUCUUAGUCUUUAAAAAGGAGAGACACAUCAGUGCAAUCCAAGGCCUAUUGAUUAGAUCUUGUUUUAUUCGUGGGAUAAUGACGUCACCCGUAGAUCCCGAUUUCCUUUGGUCCACUCUGGCUAUCAGUUUAUUGGCACCCGUAGUCGCUGUUAUCAUUCUGUGCGGUAUGAUUGGGAACAUCCUCGUGAUAAUCGUUCUAUGGCAACAGCAGCGCCGUUCUCACCGCGCAACAGGAAGUUAUUUCCUAAUAAACCUCGCCCUCGCGGAUAUUUUUGGCUCGGCUAAUUUGAUAUUCAUGCUGUCGACCAUUAUCAAUCAUGGAGAAUGGAUUUUUGGAAAGUAUGUCUGUAAACUAAAUGGAGUCCUUACCGUACUCCUUGGAGCCACAUCGCUGCUUACGUUGUGCGCAAUCAGCGUGAAUCGAUAUUUCAAGAUCGUGGAAGGGGGGAAGUAUAACAGGAUCUACACAAACACAAACACGCUGCGAAUUUUGGCUGUUACUUGGCUGGUACCAUUUGUGUUGGCUCUUGCGCCUAUCCUUGGCUGGUCUGAGCACGAGUAUCAAGUUGGAAAGUGCGUCUGCCAUUUCCUAUUCAGUCGCAGUAUAUCUUACACCGUGAUCUUCGCCUUUUUUGUUGUCAUAGCACCUUUCACCGUCAUCCUCUUUUGCUACCUAAAAAUCUACAAAAUUAUCAAAACUCAUGGAGCCAUGAUGGGAAAUCUUCGCCGAAGCCAACCAUCCGUUCAUGUGGAAGACAUUAAAAUCGCCACCACAUUGUUUAUUGUAAUAUUAGUGUUCAUAGUAUGUUACAUCCCCGCCAGUGUGGUCAACAUUGUGCAGAUGAUUGACCCUGAUUUCCACAUUCCUCAUUGGCUGGAUAUGGUCUCUUUUCUGCUCGUAGUCAGUAACCAUGCCAACAACCCGUUUAUCUACAACGCCCUUAAUCGGUCAUUCCGGCAGGCCUUUCGCGAGGUCUUGCGUCUUGGACCCCGAAAAGAGCCACGGGAUUUGAGUGGCAGCGGCGCCAAAUACCCGAAUUGCGAAUCACGCACUGGGACAGCGGUGAGGUCGCCUAACAACCCAGGCUAUCAGCACUCCAGCACAUCAAGCGAAAAGCACAGUCCUGAGAUUAAACACAGCUUUGACUUUGUAGAUAAACAGGCUUCACUGCCAAGUUCUAAAAUCAGGACUUCAUCCUGCUAAAUGAAGGUCGGGUUAGUGCCGGUUUCUCCCUUCUAACUGCUAUAGAUUUCCUUGUAAAUUUUUAAGAGAAUUCAGCGGUAAGAUCUCAAAUAUUCGGAUAGGUUUAAUUACAUUCACUUGUUUAUUGGACAAUGUAUUGAUUCUGUAAAGAGAAUUUACAUGCCAAUCUUUUCCGGAUGGCAAAUUGUUUUAUAGAAACCCAACUGACGCAUGUGUUCUGAUAUUUAUAACCAUUUGGUUCAUCUUACCCAUGAAUCAUCAAGGAAGAUUACAAGGCUAAAAAACCUCAUUUUCACUGAGGCUCUAGGCAGGAGAGGGACAAAAGCAACUUCGAAACAUUUCGCCGAAGUUACCGUUUUUCUCUUCAGUUCCGCGAUCUAAGGGGCCGACCAUUUAACUUUUGACGGGGGUGGGGUGAGUGAUUUCUGGUCAUCAAGAAAUUUUUUUUCUAG